AUGGAGAGCAACAACAGCAGAGACGUGCCUACAAUUGUGCCGACAGUGCAUGUUGAAGAUGAGUUAUCGAGCCUGAUUGCCAUGACGAUAUACCUUGCAUUGCUGGCCAUUUUUGGUCUGGUCGGCAAUGUGUUGGUGAUCAUCUCCGUGGUGAUUUCACCCCAGCUGCGCAACACCUCCUACACCUUCAUCGUCAAUCUCAGCAUUGCUGACUUGUCCGUCAACGUGCUGGUGGUCCCCACCAUCUGCUACUCCUUAUUCCACUAUGGCUGGCCCCGCAGCCCGUUCUGGUGCCAGUGGAUCAGCAGCAUGUUCUUCCUGACGACCGGUAUCUCUCUCCUGAUGCUCAUGGUCAUCGCGUUCAGCCGCAACUGCCUGGUAUCCUGCUCCCGCACGUCUUACAACAGGUACUGUGGCUGGAAAGGGGUUGCGGUCACCAUCUCUGUGAUCACGGUGGGUACCAGCAUCGUGCUGGUGCUCAUUCCGGUCUUCACCGGUGUAACAGUGGCCCAUUACGACCCCGGCGUCCACUUCUGCUACUUGGACAACAAGGACGAUAAGACCUUCUGGUACACCAGUGCCAUGCUGAUAUAUGGCGCCCUCACAUGUUUCCUUCUCAUUCCGUUCCUGUACUACAGGACAUUCCGAACGCUGAACAAGAGCAAACGGCGACUGUGGGCAGUUCGACACGCCCAGAGCCAAAACGACCACAACAACAGCGACAACAGCCGCCGCAAUCAACCCGUGCUGAACAGACAGCAAUACUACAUGCAUCCAGCGGAGGUGCGCCUGACAAAAAUGAGCGCUCUGAUUUUCAUGCUCAUGGCAAUUUGUUGGAUUCCUCUCUGGACCGUUCAUUUCUGCCGGCUAGGCACCGAGGUCCCAUACAGCGUGCAGCGACUUGGAGUACUUCUUGUCUUGACAAACUCGUCCAUUAACCCUUACAUCUACGCCUGGCUCAAUAAGCGUUUCCUCCGGGCAUACAAACGAAUUCUGUUGUGCCGUAGCCACCCGCAAGGCCGUGUUUCCCAUUUGAAUUUGUAA